CUUUCAACUUGUUGAGAGGCAACAAGUUGGCUGGGGCCAGUAGAAGAGCUGCUGCGACUACCCCAAGCUUUGAACCGCUGCAGGUGGCCUCCGCGGAUGAAUGAAAAUGCGUGAGGUUUUACCCUCGCCACCCACAUAGCGCCUUGUUGACAUGGACACUGUGGAAUAACCCUUUGAAGGCAAAGAAGACAUACGUGACUUUGUGACAUUUUUUUGAUGGCAGUGUACAAGCUGCGUGCGUAACUCGAUCGGUGUUGAUUUUUUUAAUUGAAUUUGAAGGGAUCCUUUGAAGAAUGGCGCUGGCCAGAUUUGGCAAAAUGCUUCGCCUGCCCACUCUUGAUAUAAAAAAGAAAGCCAAACAAUACGAGCACGUCCACCGGGACAUUAAUCCAAGCGACUAUUGGGAUGUUGUGGGAGAACUGGGCGAUGGCGCGUUUGGAAAAGUCUACAAGGCCUGCAAUAAGGAGACUGGCAUUCUGGCUGCAGCCAAAGUGAUCCAAACCAAAUGCGAGGAAGAGCUGGAGGACUACAUGGUGGAGAUCGAAAUCCUGGCCAAAUGUGACCACCGUUACAUUGUCAAGCUUCUGGACGCCUACUAUUACAACAACCACCUCUGGAUUUUGAUUGAGUUCUGUCCGGGAGGAGCUGUGGAUGCCACAAUGCUAGAGUUGGAUCGAGGACUGACUGAGCCCCAGAUAAAGGUGGUCUGCCGGCAGAUGCUGGAGGCUCUUGCCUACCUACACAGCAUUAAGAUCAUCCAUAGAGACCUGAAGGCCGGCAACAUCCUCCUCAUGCUAGAUGGGGACAUCAAACUCGCUGAUUUCGGUGUGUCUGCUAAGAACACCAAAACCCUCCAGAGAAGAGAUUCUUUCAUCGGCACGCCAUAUUGGAUGGCCCCAGAGGUGGUCAUGUGUGAGACCAUGAAGGAUGCCCCGUACGAUUACAAGGCCGACAUCUGGUCCCUCGGGAUUACGCUGAUCGAACUUGCUCAGAUUGAACCACCGCACCAUGACCUCAACCCCAUGAGGGUGCUGCUGAAGAUCACCAAGUCGGAGCCUCCCUCCCUGGAUCAACCGAACAAAUGGUCACAAGAGUUUAAAGAUUUCCUGAGGAGAGUUUUGGAUAAGAACCCAGAGAACCGUCCGACUGCAGUCCAGCUCCUGGGGCACCCUUUCGUGAGCUCGGUGACGACGAAUCGACCGCUGAGGGAGCUGGUGGCCGAGGCCAAGGCUGAAGUCAUGGAGGAAAUCGAUGACAAUGGAGAGGAUGCGGAGGACGACGACACCUUGGAGCUCACUGUGACCAGUCAGACCAGUCUGGAGGGAGACCAGUCUUCGGGCCCUUCGAGCCCCACCACAACGUCCCCGCAGCCUUUACUUGGGAAGGAGGCCGACCCAGUCUCGGCGUCGGACGAUCAGCCAAGCGCCGUCACGGCCGCCCCUGUUCCCUUACCGCGGCAUAAUCUUCCCUCCAAGGAACAAUCGAAUUUCGCAGAGAAGCUGGAGUCCGACAAAUACGAGAGCGGCGUGUCCAUCAAGACUUCGAGCUCGGACUCUGGCAUCGAGGAUGGGAAGAGUACCCCCACAUCGGAGGAGGAAAAGGUGGCCGUUGAGUCGGAACAGCCGCCGUCUCUCCCCCAGUCCGACACAUCUGAAGAAAGCGGUGACAGCAUCGAGUCGCCACAGGUCCCCAGGGCCCAGGCGUCUCCGGAUCAGAGCGCAGACAUACUGAAUCAAGCUGCCCUCAGCCCGGCGCAGACUCCGGAACUCAUUGCUGCUCCUUCACCGGCGCCUUCUUCCAAUCCGAGCUCCAUGCUCAACAAGAUGAACACCGAUCGAGCGUCGAUGGGAUCCGCCGCCGAGACGGUCUCGCCUUACAUCAACGGACAGGUCAAUGGCACGCGGUACUCAUACUCGGGCAGCAUGGACACCGAGAGCAUGAGGAGUCUGUCCUUCAAAGAGAACUUCUCAGUAUCCGCAAGGGACUACUCUCGGAAGACGUUAAGGCGAACCAGGAAGUUUGUGAUCGACGGUGUGGAGGUGAGCGUGACAACCUCGAAGAUCAUCCGGGACGAUGAGAAGAAGAACGAGGAGAUGAGAUUCCUUAGGCGCCAGGAGCUGCGCGAGCUGCGUUUACUGCAGAAAGAGGAGCAGCGAGCCCUGACUCAACUGCAGACCAAAAUGGAAACGCAGAAGGACCAAAUGCAAAAACGCUUUGACCAAGAAAUGAAUCUGAAGAAGAAAUUCUACGACACGGAGAUGGAGAACCUGGAGAAGCAUCAGAAGCAAACAAUUGAGAGGAUGGAGACGGACCACCAAAGUAAACUCAAAGAUGAGACAAAACGCAUUAAAGCUGAGCAGCAGCGCGAGUACCAGAGGUUCCAGGAUCAACUCAAACAUCUGAAAAAGGAGGUGAAACAAUCUGUCGACAAGCUCCCAAGAAGUGAGCGCAAAGAACAAUUGAAACACCGAAUGAAUUCCUUCCAAGAAACCAAACAACAAGAGGAGACACAAUUCCUAGCAGCCCAGAAAAACCACCUAGAGUCUACCCUCUACCAAAUCACCUGCAACAACAAGAAAGAGAUUGCCGAUACAGAGCAGGACUGUCUCAACAAGAAGCAGCAGCUAAUCCGAGAUCGCGAAUCUUCGGUAUGGGAAUUGGAGGAGAGGAGCCUCCAUGAGAGACACCAGCUACUCAAGCAGCAGCUGAAAGAUCAAUAUUUCCAACAGAGGCACCUGCUCCUUAAAAAACACAGCAUGGAAAAGGAGCACAUGCAGAGCUACAACCAGCGCAUGAUCGAGCUUCUGAGAGUUCGUCAGCAACAGGAGAAGAGUCGCCUGCCCAAGAACCAGCGCAACGAAGCCAAAACCCGCUUGGCCAUGUUCAAGAAGAGCCUGCGCAUCAACUCCUCAGGCAACAGCUCAGAGGACAGGGAGAAGAUCAAACAGUUUUCCCAGCAGGAGGAGAAGCGUCAAAAGAACGAGAGGCAGCAACAGCAGCUGAAGCACGAGAAUCAAAUGAGGGACAUGGUUGCAAAUUGCGAGGGAAACAUCCGAGAUUUGCAGCAACUGCAGAAUGAGAAGGCCCACGUGCUGCUUGAGAAUGAGACGCUUAGGCUUAAACAGCUGGAUGAGCAGCACAACCAGCAGCUGAAGGACUGGAGGGAGCAGCUGAAACCGAGGAAGAUGGCGCUCGAGGAGGAUCUCAAGAACAGGAGGAAGGAGCAGGACGCUUUCUUUAAGAUCACCGACAUGGGCGACUUUCCAACUCCGGGCGGAUCUAUCGGCAAGCUCUCCAAGUUUGUGCCUUAUCAGGACUCCUCCACCACAUAAAGCGCAUGCUACUGCUGUGAUACAUCCACAUUCACGUUUUCAAAACUGUCUCCAACUCACCUACCUUACGGGGCACGACGUUGUUUUGCUUUUUAAUUUGAGUCCGUCGCGACAGAAUCCCGCUCGCCUCCUUACGUUAUCAUUCAUGUUAAUAAGUGCAUAUUUAUGUCCUAAGUCAUGAUUGUUUGUUUGUUUUUUCCUUACUUCAUAAUCGUCACGUUGUUGGUUGACGACCAAAGGCCACACCCCAAUAGUAGUUUAUAUUCAGGUGAUUUUUUAAAAAAAAAUUCGUUAAGAGGGUGUCAUCUUUAUUUUUUUUAAUGCCCAAAUAGGGAAUAUAGACUUUUUUUUCUAAGAGGGAUGUUUGAUAAUGUCAAUGCAAUUGACAAAAUAUGCAGCAAGUAAACUGCGUUCCUGUAUGCCUUACGUUGUUUUGUCCCGGAAUUGCCAAAGUGUGCCUGUUUUUUUUAAUUUAUUUUUGCUCAAAGUUUAAUCUCAAUUCGUCACUGUAACUUUUAAUUUAAAUAUUUUCAAAUUUAUAUUUUUAAUACGGAGCUGCGGUAUGAAGGAUGUUUGUGAUUAUCGUCAUUAUUAAGAUGAUAGUCAUUAUUAUACUUUGAAUGGGGUAUUGCCAAGACCAAAUUGAACAAAAAUAGUCUUCGUAGUAUUUGUUUUUAAUUACUCCUUAUGAAUUUGUUUUAACACAGGAGGUAGGGAAGUGAGUGUUUUACUGUAGAAAUCAGCAACACUGGAUGGGAAGUGACGAAGCCAAAGCGAAAUACUGUUUGUUUGUCAGUUGAUGGAUUUAAAACAGUUUAAGUGUUUAAUUGUUGCAGUAGUUAAACUGCAUGCUAACCUAAGUGCAAUAUUACAUUUUUUUUUGGUUUGGUUUUCAAGGGAAUGCAAAGAUUCGUUCUGCUGAAUUGUAUUUUUUUUUUUGUCCUGCAAAAGUACAAUAUAUUAAAUCGACAUUUAGGUACAUUUAAAUUUCGCUCUCUUGUUCAUUAUUAUUUUCCGAUCGAGGUUACUGGGUCCCUCUAGGUCUUCCGCUCUGCCUCAGUUUGCAUAAAGUGGAAUGUAUGCUGAUUUAUGAGUGUGAUUGAAACUGUAUUAGAAGGAACCACUGUUGUAAAUAUCUAAUAAAUAUAGAUUUUCUAAUUAUUGGACUUUGGCAAGAGUUUUUAAGGAAUUCAACUCAUUGAGAGAAUGAAGGUUAGUUUUAUCUGACAACUGGCUGACUCGAAACUUUACACAUUGCCCACCUGAAAUUCUUUCGGACCGCAUACUUCCAGCAAACGGUGGCGCUGUUUUGAGAGUCUCAACGUCAGAAAGGAAUUGACAUUUCUCACCCUAGCCCAGUUCAGUAUUGUCUCAACUCUUGGGACACUGGGUGGAAUUUACCCUCAUAUUUAACAAACUGAGCAUACCAGUUCGAAGGUUCGAAUUCCUUUGAAAAUUUUAUCAAAUGGGAAAAUUGUGAUCACGGUUAAAUCAUAAUCUAAUAUUUAUUCUGUAUUGUAUAUAUAUCGUAUAUUGUAUAUAUAGCCAAGAAAGAUUCAGCUAAAAUUGCUUUUCUCAAUUUCACCAUAAGGUGGAGCUGUUGUGCCGAUCUUGUAAAUCACAAACAUUUCUCGUCCAAAUUAAAAAAAAAAUUCCAAGUACAGUUCAAUUUGCUUAAUAUUCUUGGUUGCUUGUUUCCCCUAAAUGAAUGUUUAAAAAUGUUUUUUGUCACAAUUGUCACAAAUGUUUAUUUUGUUUUUUGUUAACAACGAAAAUGGCCAAUAAGUGGCUCAUGGUGCAAUUAUUCUAAUGUACUACAGUAAUUGUUUGCUAUGCUAGUAACAUUUCUUGAAACAAAUGAAACCACCAGAAUGGAAAAAAACACUGAAAUGUUUAUUGAGUUAAAGAUGAAAAAACUGAUAAUACUGCCAUGAUGACAUGAUGUACCCACACAAUUAUCUUUCAUAUACUGCACCUAACUUACCUCAAACUUACUUGCAUCCUUUUAAUGACUGUCGGUUGUGUAUCAAAUGAACACAGCAACUCGGUUCAAGUCUUGUCUAAUUGUCUAAAUGAACUUUUUAUUUUAACCACUUUGCUUAGUGGUGAUGACAACCGUAGAACACAAUACUGUAUGUCCAAACCAAAUACGGCUCACUUUCAAUGAAACCCUCAAUCAAUUUCACUCAUUUUCUCUUUCUAGUCUCUUCAUGAGUUAAAAAAAAACCCAAAAAGUCAAAAGAUGCACAAUUAAUAAUGAAAAUAAGUGACAGACAUUUAAGUCUCCAUAAUAAAAAAUAUUUUUGAUACACUGAUCAUGCUUGAGACCAGUCAAGCCCUCUUGUAAAAACAAUAUUUUUGUACUGUACAUUGGUCCUACACUUGUAUCGCUGUUAUCAGAACACCAGACUGUGACACGUUGUAAAUAAUUGCACCGAUUACUUGGUCACUGUUCGAAAGUCUACUUUUUCCAAUUAUGAUGUGCGAACCAUUUCCCCCAUAUAGCAGUCGAUGAUAUUUAUUUACUCAACUGCAGAGAGUACAAUCCAUUGGCAGGAGGCCUUCAUUUAUUUUAGCCUUUUUUCACUUUGCACUUCUUUCAAGUAUAAUUUUUGCGGCUUUAUUAUAGUAAAUAUAUUAACACAACUUGUUUCACUAAAGGGUAGCUCUUGCUUUAUUAUUAUAUAUGUUUAUUUCUUAGGACACUAUUGUGUUUGUCUCUCAUGGAAUAAAUCCACUCUAGAAGCAGCACUACAAAACAUCAACUUUACAGUGGCCGUGGGUUCUGCUUAAGACAAAACAAAACCGAUAACGGUAAUGAGAAAUAAAACAGAGGUGCAGUGUUUAUUUAUUCAAGUUAACAAUGCACCUGGGGUUUAAUAGGGUCACGGUUUUUAUAAGAGCAGAGUCCACUAUUUGAGGACAUUCGGUACGUGGCAGAAAAUGGUGUCAUCCAUUUUCACCUCUUUGAGCGUGUGCAAAUCUUUGCCAGGACUUGU